AUGGAGGGACUGAACGGCAUACACGGCGACGUGAACAGCGGGACGUUCAGGCGCCGAGAUACGCCUGGGAACGACCCUGAAGUGGCGAAUCUCAAGAAUCGGAAAAGGGUGUCCGCGGUUGUUGGGGCGGAUGCGGGGAGAGGGUACAGCGGCCCGCCACAGCUGCUGCUUUCCCCUCAUGCGCCCUUUCCGCUGCCCCUCCCCCUUCCGCCCGGAUCCAAUCGCGACGCCGUCGAGCGAUGGCUUCGCGACGCCGUGGCGUCGUGCUUACGUCAGCUGUGCCGGAUGACGCCCGACGCGCUCGUCCCCGCGGUGCCGUUUCUCGAGUCGCUCUGCGUGCGAUGGUUGCUGCACGACGCGUGGCAGCUCGCCAUUGGACAGCAGCGGCUUCAGCUCGGCGGUCGCGUCGAAUCGGUGGAGAAUGCGAGCAGCGCACAUGCAGGCAGCUAUUUAUGCGAGGCGGAGUCCGUCCGGGCAGUCGUGGCGCGCAUCAAGGAGCAGAUCGCAGCAGCCCAGCGCCGACAGCAGCAGCAGCGGCAGCGGCAGGUGGAGGAUGGGUACUGGGGCGAGGGCAAACAAGAGGAGCGCGAAGAGCAGAAUGGUCUGUCAGACGCGCGAUUCUUCCUCGUGGGUGCGGGUGACGAGGCGGAGAGUGGCGAGUGGCAGCGGGUGGUGGCAGCAGCAGUGGCUGGUGAGGUGGGCGCUGCUGUGAUAGAGGUGGACGCCCCCUUGCUCUACUCGCUCUCCCAUCUGCUGCUCCACGCAUCUACUGACGCCUCAACCACCAGCAGUACCACGCCCGGCACUGGGAUUAUGGGAAAUGCUUCGCCACCAGCAGCAAUGACAUCAACAGCAGCAACGACAGGUGGAACAGCAGCAGGUGUUGCAGGCAGCGAAGACAUGGGCACAGCGGGUACCAGCCCCACCACCUCGUUCGACUCCCUCCCCUCCUCCGCCUUCUCCUCGCCAUUCUUCUCCGCCUGCCCCUCGUCCCCCGCCUCCGUCCCGUUCUCCGCCUCACCUCCCCCGCUCCGUCUCUCCUCUCCCGCCGAGGCACAAGGGCUCGGCACAGCACCCCAGUCCCUUCCCCCCUCCUCAUGCAUAUCCUCCCCUGUGCCUGCCCUCAUCCCUUUCGUGUUGCAGCUGGCGGAGCAGCGUCCGGUGAUUCUCUUCCUGCCCCACGCCCACCUGCUCUCAGAAUCCCACUCCGAUUUUCUCCUCGCCCUCUCCAUUGCCUCCAGAGAGCGGACCAGCAGCGCGGGCUCUUCAAGUCAAGCACCGCACUCCUCCUCGUGGCCCGUCAUCCUCCUCGCCACUGCUCCCAUGCCACUGCCUGGCCCUGCCGCUUCACUCCCCCACCACAACCAACACAACCAUCAACCUCUCUACCAUACCCAGCAGCAGCAACACCACCACCGCAGCCACCAUUUGCAGCACCAGCAGCAGCAGCGCGGGUCAGAGGGCAGGCAGGUGUCUCUCUGGGCGUCUCUGGCGUCUCUGCUGCCCCAUGUGCCUCUGCUGGCACACCACGCCCUCAAGGGAGCAUCGCCAAGCCAAUCUUCUCGCAGCCCAGGUGUCCUCACGCCCUCCCUCACUCACCUGCUCGCAUCCCUCCUUCGUGUGUGCAUCCGCCUCUUCUUCCUCCCCCUCAUCGCUCUCAUUCGCCUUGCUAAGUCCGCCAAGCUCCUCCCAGCGGCGCCUCCUCAGCCCGCUGCUCUCUUCCCGCCAGCCAAUGUGCUGCCUGUGCAGGUGCCUCUGCUGUUCGACCCAUUGGGUCAGGAGGUGGCGCAGUUAGAGGAGAGGGAGAAGAACGAGGAGGAAGGGGAAGAGGAUGGGAAGAAGGGAAGGGAAGACGCUCAGAACCUAGUGAGGGUCGAGAAAGUGGAGAGAAACGGAAAAAAUCAGAGGAGGGUAGUGACGAGUGCGAGGGAGGAAUGUGUGGAUGCAUCAAACGUAGUGGCAUUGCGCAUGGCAUGGGAGGGGCAGGUGACAGAGCUGAAAGCACGGCUGCAAGAGGCACAGGCGCAGGUACUGGCAGUGGAAGGGCAGGUGCAGCUGGAACAGAUGUGGCGGGAGGAUUUGCUGCGGCAGGGCGAGAUGUGGAAGAGGAAGGCGGAGGGGGAGGCAAGGAGGAGAGAGGAGGCUGAGGGCAGGGAGAGGGAGGUGAGGAGGGAGAUGGAAGGGGAGAGGGAGAAGCGGGCGGAAGCUGAGAGGAAGGUGGGUUGUUUGUGUGAGGAAGUGGAGAGGAUGAAGGGGAGUAUGGAGAGAGCGGAAGGGGAGGUUAGGAGGGUGGUGAAGGAGGGGAGGGAGAAGGAGAGGGAGGUUAGGGAGGAGGUGCAGAGGCUACAGGAGGAGUUGGUGGUGAGGGAAAAGGAGAGGGAGGAGGAGGUGCGAGAGGCAGCGACCAGAGUGGGUGAGCUGGAGAGACGGAUUAGGGAUGCGGAGAGAGACGCGGAGGAGUUGAGAGGUUUGGUGCGAGAGGAGGAGCGGAGGAGGGAGGAGGUGGUCCGGGAGAGAGCGGAUUUGGGUGAGAGGUUGAGAGAAGCGGACGAGAGGGCGAGGGAAGUGGAUGGGCUGAAAGCGCGGGUGAGAGAAGCAGAGGCGAAGGAGGAGAAGGUGGAGGCCUUGAGGGGGAGGCUGAGAGGAGUUGAGGCGAUGGUGGGGGAGAUGGAGGGUGUUGUGCGAGAGAGCGAGGAGAGAGUGAGGGAGGCCGAGAGGGUCAGUGGGGAGAGGAGAAAGGAGGUUCAGGGGUUAGAAGAAAGGCUUGCUGCUGCUGUGGCGAGAGUGGGGGAACUGGAAGAGGAGGUAAGGGAGAGUGGGGAAAGAGUCAGAGAGAGAGAGGAGAGAGUGAGGGAGGCAAACAGGGUCAGUGGGGAGAUGGGGAGGGAGGUGCAAGCGUUAGAGGAGAGGCUUGUUGCUGCUGUGGCGAGGGUGGGGGAACUGGAGGAGGAGGUUAGGGAGAGCAGGGAGAGAGUGAUGGAGAGCGAGGGGAGAGUGAGGGAUGCGGAGAGGGUCAGUGGCGAGAAGGGGAGGGAGGUGCAAUUGAUAGAGGAGAAACUUAGUACUGCUGUGGCGAGAGUGGGGGAACUGGAAGAGGAGAUUAGUGAGAGUCGGGAGAAAGUAAAGGAGGCAGAGAGAGUUAGUGGGGAAAGGGGAAAGGAGGUAGAGGGGUUACAAGAGAGCCUUGCUGCUGCUGUGGCGAGAGUGGGGGAACUGGAAGAGGAGGUAAGGAAGAGUGAGGCGAGAGUGAGAGAAAGCGAGGAGAGAGUGAGAGAGAGCGAGGAGAGAGCAAGAGAGGGUGAGGAGAGAGUGACAGAGAGCGAGGAGAGAGUGAGAAAUAGAGAGGAGAGAGUGAGGGAGGCAGAGAGUGUCAGUGAAGAGAAAGGGAGAGAGGUGCAAGCGUUAGAAGAGAGGCUUGCUGCUGCUGUGGCGAGAAUGGGGGAGCUGGAAGAGGAGGUAAGGGAGAAUGGGGAGAGAGUGAGAGAGAGGGAGGGGCGGAUGAAGGUGUUGGAUGCAAUGGUGGGGGAUUUUGAGGGGCGAGUGAGAGAGAGCGAGGAAAGGGUGAGACAUGCGGAGGGGGAGUUGGAAGUGGUUAAAAGGGAGCUGGUCGUGGUGGAGAGAUGUAGGAAGGAGCUGGAAGUGCAGGUGAGGGAGUUGGAAGGUGUGAGGGAGGAAGCACGUGUGCGGGAGGAGGAAUGGAGAAAGAAAGAGGAAGGGUGGCAGGGGGAAGAGAGGAAGUGGAAGGGGAAGGUGGAUGAGUGGAGAGCACUUGAGGACAUGUGGAGGACGAAAGAGGAGGAGUUGAGUGUGAAGGUGGAAGAAGAGCGGGCAGUGGUUGAUAGACUGAGGAGGAGAGAGCGAGAGGUGGAAUUGGAGAGAGUGAGAUGGGAGGAGCGGCAGAGGGAGGGGGAGAGAGAGGCAGUGGCUCGGUGGCAGGCUGAAGUUGGGAGGCGGGAGGAGGUGGAGAGGCAAGUGGCUGGGCUGAAAGAACGUGUGCAGGAGGAAUCAGAGAGAGUGCGGGCUGCACUGGUGGAAGGGGAGGGUGGGAGGAGGAGAGUGGCCGAGGCAGAAGAAAUGGUGAAGGAGGCAGAGAUUCGGGUUGCAGAGGCGGUUGAACGGGUUGAGAGGAUGGAGAGGCGGGUGCGGGAGUCGGAGGAGAGGCGGGUAGCGGUGGAGGGGGAGUUGGAGGGGUUGAGAGGGAUGGUGCGAUGGGUGAUGGUGAGUGUGGGGGUGGCUGUAGGAGAGGGGGAGCUAGAGGGUGGGUGCAAGGAGGGGUUGGAGAGAAUGGCAUGGCAGUGGAAGGAGGAGGUGAGAGCGAGGAGGGAGGAGGUGGUUGAUUUGAAGAGAGUUCAUGAGGAGGAGAGAGCACAGUGGACAGAGGAGGUGGAAGGGUGCAAGCGUGCUUGGGAGGAGGAGCGGGGGCGGUUGCAGGGGGAGGGUGAGAAGCGGGUUCAGGCGUGGAGGGAGGAGGCGGUGGAGCGGAAGCGGGAGGUUAGCGAGUUACAGGCAAGGGUGGCUGAGAUGGGGGAGAUGGUGGGGGCGAUGAGGAGGGAUGUGGAGGAGGCAAGGAGGGUGGCUAAAGGGGAGAAGGGCAGGCGAGAGGCAGUGGAGGCACAGGCGAGGGUGCUUCUGGAGAAGGUGGAACUGAUGAGGCAGAGGCGGGCGGCAGGGAAGAAACGGCAGGAUGUGGGGAAGGCUGUAUCUGGGGUGGUGGCAGUGGGGGGAGAAGCCAGUGGGGUGGUUGCAGGUUCACCAGGGAAAGGCGAGGGUCAGGUGGUGGAGGGUGCAGAGAGAAAGGGAGGAGGGGAGGGGGGUGGAGUGGGAGGGUGGAAGAGGCGGUGGAGGGAGGAGGUGGCAGUGCUGUUGGGUCGAGUGGAGCAGAUGGGGCGGGAGAGGGAGGAGGCGGAGAGGGCGUGGGUGGGGCGGAUGGCAGCAGUGGAGAUGCGCAACGUGGUGAUGGGGGUGGAGCUGGCUGCCGUGGAGAGGGAGAGAGACGCGCUGCUCAGCACCCUCAUGGCGUCUGCUGCUUCUGCCGGUGGGGUCGCUCGUGGUGCUUCAGCUGGUGGGGUCGCACUCUCUCGUGGCGCUGUUUCGCGUGGUGGUGCUUCUCCUGGGCUCUUGCGCACUGUGCCGUCCUCCUCGCCCUCUUCACCCUCCGUGUCCCCUUCACCCCUCCACGCUUCUGCGUUCUCGUGUGUGCUGCCAACCCGGCUCUUUGCCAAUGGUGGGUCGAUUGGGUCCGCAGACGGUGCUAAUGCUGCUGAUUAUGCACCUGCUGCUGUUGCUGCUGCAGCUGCUGCUACUGCUACCGGCAGUGCUGUUGGAGGCAGUGGUGAGGGGCCUGUUGCGAGUGGUGAGGGGGAGACUGGUGUGCUUGCAGUGAGCCGCAGAAUGAGCAGUGGGUCAGGGAGAGGGAACACAGGAGGUCAUGCAUCGGCAUCAGCAACAGCAGCUGCAGCAUCAACCCUAACAGCACUGUCACCCCUAGAAGCAGUAUCACCCGUGGCAGUAGCACCUGCAGCAGAGGGGUUGGAGGAGGGGGAGGGGCUUGGACCGCGGUGGAGCAGCCUGGCGACAGUGUGGCCGCUAUCGUGA